GAGAGCGAGAGAGCGAGAGAGAGUAGUCAGACAGCUCUGGUUUGACAGUUAAUCGGCAAACAUGUCAGAGAAGCUGAAGGGCAACAUUUUAGUGACCGGGGCCAACAGAGGCAUUGGUUUGGAGCUGGUCAAACAGCUGGCAGAGAGGAGGACAGGAGAGGAGGCUCACAUCUAUGCCUGCUGCAGAGCGCCUGAGGGAAGCGGGGCUGAGGCCCUGAGAGACCUCACAACUCAAUAUCCUGGAAAGAUCUCUAUAAUCCAACUAGACACGUCAGAUGAGGACAGCAUCUCGGCUGCUGUCCAGGCUGUGAACAAGCAGAUCGGGGCCGGUGGGUUGAACCUCCUCAUCAACAACGCCGCCAUUAACAAACCGGGCGUACCGGCACCGCUCUCUGCCAGCGGGAAAAAGGACAUGAUGGAGGUGUACGAAAUCAAUGUGGUCGGACCAUUUCUCAUUGCCAAGAUGCUUCUUCCACUCCUCCAGAGAGCAGCAGAGAUGGACUCAACUGUAAAGGACGAGGGUGAUAAAAUGUCCUGCAGGAGGUCGGCCAUCAUCAACAUCUCCUCGCUCGCCGGAUCCAUAAAGAUAUGUCCGGAGAACUUUGCUAGGGCGCAGAUGUACCCUUAUAGGGCCAGCAAGGCAGCACUGAACAUGGUGACUCGCUGUCAAUCGGAGGACUUCAAGAGACACAACAUACUGGUGACAGCGAUCCACCCUGGCUGGGUCCGCACUGAGAUGGGAGGACAAGAGGCUACUUUAUCCACCCAGGAUAGCGUGCACGGCAUGCUCGCCAUGAUGUCGUCACUCAGCAACAAAGACUGCGGGAUGCUUCUGGACUGGGAGGGCAACACGAUCCCCUGGUAGCAGUCGCUGUGUCAACCACUCGAGGGCUUUUUAUAAUCGUAAAACGUAUCCACCCUAGAGCAUAUUAAAGGCCAUAUGCAUGUUAUUGUGUUGAGAGUCAUCAUUGCCCAUACUGGCCAUGAAGCCUUCAUAGAGUGACUCAUGAUUUAAAUUAGUUAUGCUGCUGUUAAACGCAGCCCCCAUUUACUUAUAUUCGCCAAGACUUUUCUUUGUUUUCCAUUCACCCAUGGAGGCAUUCGAGAAAAAACGUUUUCUUCAAGAAUUCAAGGUUACACGGGCUGAGAAACUGAUAUACAAAUGGUCAUUUUGGGGGGUGAAGUAUUCCUUUAAAGUGGGUGUAUCCUCCUGCUGAGGUAACUCAGUCAGCACAGAAUUGAAUGUCACAUCUGCGGUCAAUCAGAAACCUAUAUAAUUAUGAUUAUGUAAACAGGGAGCUGAAUAAAUAAUUUUAAUUUUAAUUAAAUUUUUAAAUUUUUUUAAAUUUAUUUUAUUUUUAUUUUAUUCAUUUUUAAUUUAUUAUACUAUAUUGAUCCCUUUAAGGGGAAAUUUGUCUCUGCAUUUGAAUAAUGCACAUGUACUGUAAAAUGCAUGCAAUGUAGCUGCUAUUUUGAACUACAACUGUUGUGUUUUAAACUGUAUGAUGUUGUGAACGUGGACGCCAGAAGGAAACGCUAUACUGCUCUACACAUGCAGCAGUCCAGGCUUUAGACAUGCUCCAUUCCAGAGAGGAUUCGCACAAAAGUCCUCCAGCCUGCACGGGUGCCAGGAAAAUCCACUGAGAUCAAAAUCAAUCACCGUUGGAAUUUCCUGAUGUGGAAAAAGUGUAAUGUGCUUUACAUCUUAAGGUUUCUUUGGUAAAUACCACUCACUAGAGGCCACUUGGGGAAAUUACACUAUAAUCACUAAGCUCCACCGUCACACUCCCUAGUUGUGAGACAAAGUUUUAGUAUUUCAGUAAUUUCACAUAACAGCCUUUGUGCACCUCAACCUUUUGCUAAAAUAUUCCUAACUUAAUUAUAAUACACUGUAAUUUUGUUUUAAUAUUAUGUUUAUCUAUGUGCUUUUUUGUUUAAAAUUUGACAUACGUCGAUGAUGCGUGAUUUGAAGUUUGAGCCGUUUGCUCUCUAACUGAAACAGUGAUUAAGAUCAGUUGGGACACAGACCCCAGCUGCACUUCCAUGAACUUCCAUUGUAUGCAGUAUGCUUUCAAGGACAUUUUAUGGAGAUUGCCUCUCUACUAUAAACAACGGUUAUUGUGGGAAAUGUUUCAGUAUAUAGUAUAUAACAUAUAAGAUAAUGUUCUUUAAGGGUCCUGUGUAGAGUCGCCGUGUUGAGCUAACGUUAGCUCGCUAACGAGUCAGCUUACGAAACCAGAAGUCUCCAGACUACAGUUCGGCGCUGUGAACCUGGAAAGCUAACAAAACUGUAAUAUUGUGUAAGACUGUAUUAGUUUACUCUGUGAUUUAGAUAUUUGUGGAUAUUGAUAGUUUCUACAGUGAUGUGUUAACCCCAUCUGGUUCUUAACCCAUUUAAUUUAAUUGUCAGGUCAUCCAAAAAAAGUCAUUGGAUGUCGAAAAAGUCAUAGAAAAGUUUUUGAAAAGUUUUAAAAUGUUUUGACAAAAUUCCCAAUUUUACUUAAUUCGCAAUGCUAUACUAAUAUGACUUUCUUUCGACAUACUAUACUAUGACUUUUUUACACUUUCGACAUACGCUAUGACUCCUUAAUGAUUUAUUUCAACACACUAUACAUUUUCAUAUUUUGUUUGGAUAUGCUAUGCUUUGACUUUUUUGGACAUACUAUACUAUCACUUUUUCAUGACUUAUUUUAACACACUAUAUUACAACUUUUUAAUGAUUUUCCGACAUACUAUACUAUAACAUUUUACAACAUACUAUACCAAGAUUCUUUACGACAGAAUAUACUAGACUUUUUUCUAUACUAGGUCUUUUUCUAUGGCUUUUUUUAUCUUUUCGAUUGUGUUAAUGAUUGUUUUUAGGAACAUUAUGCUAUUACUUUUUUGACACACUAUUUUAUAACUUUUUUGAUAUACAAAAAUGUUACUUUGUCAACUUUUCUUGACAAAUUAUUCUAUGAUUUUUUCAUAGCUUUUUGAUGAUUCUUUUUACAUUUUUCUAUGGCUUUUUAAAAAAUUACUUUGCUACACGUAUACGUUUUGAUACUAUACUUUACUAUACUAGGGCUAAUUAUGACUUUUUUUGUCAAACUAUAGUUUUUUUGAUGACUUUUUUGACAUACUAUGCUAUGGUUUUUUAGGCAUAAUAUAGGAGGGCUUUUUGGAAAUACUAUGACUUUUUAUGAUGAUUUUGAUAUGUUUUUUUCUUUUGGGAUACUAUUCUGCAACUUUUAAAAAACACUAUUAUAUGGCUUUUCUGUGACGUUGUUCAACAUAUCAUACUCUGGCUUUUCUGUGGCUUUUUUGACAUACAAUACCAUGACUUAUUAUGAGACUAUUGUUAUGACAGAGUGUCAUAAGAUUUGAUAAUGAAAAUAAAUGCUGUUUACCUCCCUGCCUGAGGGUGGUGCUGUACAUUGCGUCUGUGUUUUUGUAUCUGUUGAGUUGCAGGU